AUGGCAAGUAAGAAUGAGACGGUUGGAAGUACAGAUGCACAAGUUCGUAUGGGAGAAGUGAGCGUGUACUCCCUGCUCCUCAUAUAUCAUCGAGCGAACCUUCGUGCGGUGACGACCGAGUGUGAAAACCAGAGUACAGAUGUCAGACGGAACAUUGUAUUCGGUCUCAUUUUACCGAGAGCAAGGAGGGGACAGCUUGGUUUUAGCAUUCAGGAUGCUGGAAUUGCCUCUUGUUUCUCCGGUCCACGGCUGGCUCAUGUGUUCUUGUGGUAUUGGUUCGAUGGUCCCGGUGUGAAGAAAGCAAGACGUGGAGCGGAACGCGAAGAAGAACAUCAGGGCUCUGACGGCUCAACUUUGAAAAGGAUUCCACGGUGCCGGCCGUGCCCUGGAGUCGAUGUUUCACUCUCGGAGGCGAGGGUAAGACUCGAGAUACAUAUCCUUUGGCUGAGUAUGGUUUCCUUCAUCACUCUAGCUCCAAGGAGCCGAAGCGGUGAUCGAGAGUCCUGGAAUAACGCAGGGCCUGUUCCUGGCUUCAGUGUUUUGUUAAACCAUGUCGACGCUGUGAUCGUUGGAGGCGCUGAUGACACGGGAUGGAAGGUCGCAAGCAGAUCUGUGAUCCUCCCUGAGAUGGUGACUGCUAUGGCCAUGCCAGAUAGAGGUGAUCUGAGAUCGGUUUAA